AUGCGCUUCACCGCUGCUGCUGCCCUCUUUUCCCUCUUUGCCGCCACUGCUGCGAGCACCGUCACUCGUCGUCAAUUUCCGGGUUUCCCAGAUUGUAGCCAGGAUUGCCUGGCUCAUCCGAACCUCGAUACUUGCAAAGCGGGGGACAACACCUGCCUCUGUAACAACUCGGUCUUUGUUCAAUCCACGUUCACCUGCAUACAAAACGCGUGCAAAGGGCAAGACCUGGCCACCGCCAUCGAGGGCGCCUACCAGCUCUGCCUUGCUGUUCAUGUCACCCUCGUCUCCGCAAAAGGCGCCGAAUUCUCCGCCACUGCAUCGUUACCCAGUGCAUCUGGAAAUGCGUCGGCCGCUACCUCAGCGCCUGCGUCCGCAUCGCGGUCUCCGGCACCUUCGACUACUCCUAAUGCAGCCCUUGGCCGCUCUGCCAGUACCACGUUGGGUCUCGUAGCUAUUGGUGCACUGGCUAUGGCCCUCUAA